AGAGAGAGAGAGAGAGAGAGAGAGAGAGAGAGAGAUGUACAAUAGUGUGCCAAUACAGAUUGAUCCGUUCCGCUCUAAUUCCCGGCCCAGGUCGAUCCAUCCUUCCUCUCUCUCUCUCUCUCCCUCUCUCCACCACACACACACACACACACACACGCGCCGCAGCCGUCAGCCUGCAUGCGUCCCUACUCGCGCCAGCGGGUGGCCGCCUGGCUGCUCGCGCUGCCGCCGCCGUUGGGGAGAGGUAGAGAGGAAUGCGCGCGCCGCGGCCGCCUGGAGAUGAUCUCGUUCUGGCUGCUGUGCUGGAAGCUGUUGGUAGAGAGCAACAGCUGGGCUAAGGAGGACAGCUGAGCUAACGGACCGGUAACCAGGACAACGGUAGCCCCGCGACAGUAACCCUGUCGACGACUCUCCCACUCCUAUACAGCCGACGGAUCCAGUUACUAUGGAGAUCAGCUCGUCGCCACCGCUAACAGACAUGGAGAGAGAAAACUUGGUUAGCUGGCGUAGCCAGGAAGUAGAGGAGCUCCAUUACCCAGCGGUCCAUGGGGUGAAGCAGGAGGGAGAAGAGGCUGCAGAGAAAGAAAAUGGAAAAGGAGAUGAGAUGAGGUGUGACUAUCUGUUUUUGAGAUAGGAGAGCGGAAGGGAAGGUACGAGGAGGAGAAAGUGAAGGAGGACAAGACACCGAGAGAGGAGGAGAGGAGAUAGAAGAUGGAGGAAGAGGAGAAACAGAAGGAACGGAAGAAGGGAGUGGAGAAACAGAGAGGGAAGAUGGAGGAAGGGGAGAUACAAAAGAAGAGGAUGCAUGGAUUGGAGAGACAGUAGGAGAGAUGAGAGACAAUGCUCUGUCGGAGCUCCUCUUCAUCUGUGGCAGCCAGCGUGUCCUUCAUCAUCAGAGCCCCCGAUUGUCACCUCAGAUCCUUCAGAGCAGCCUGCAGCGGCCAUGUUGCAUGAGGCCUGGGGUCACGACCUCAGCAACAGAGAUGACCUUAGCGACAGUCACCUUAGUGACUGCCUCCAAGCGGAGCUGGCUAUCGUGUACUCGGACAGCGACGCAGGGGAGGACCAAUGGGCUGGCUUCGCGCCCUGUGAUGUCACCGACCAGGAGGAAGCAGGUGGAGGUAUUCAUGAUAGCAUCGGUGAUGGAGAAAGCAAGGAAGAGGAGAGAGGAGGAGAUGGUGAGGAGAGAAGGGAAGAAGAUGAUGAGGCAGAAGCAGAGAGAGGAGCACAGGAGAAGAGAGAGGAGGCGGUAGAGGAGGAGAGGACAGGAGGCAGGGAUGAUGAUGAAGAGCAGAUGAGGUCAAGGAGAGAUCUGUUCCUGAGGUCUCCUUCUCUCAGCUCCUCAGCCAGCUCCACAGACCCCGAGAGGAAGGUUCCUGUAGAUUUCUGUGUCCAACAAGAGACCCACAGUGAAAACGUCUCCACUGAGCAUGUGGACUUCCUGUUGGCCCGCCAGCAGUGGAGGAAGAUGGAGGAGGAGGUCAAAGGUCAGCCAAUCCCCAAACCAGGGCUCAGAGCUCAGGGGAGCUUCCAGGGCACCCACACUUCACUGUACCCCCCUACACGCAGCCCCCGACUCAAGCACAGGGAGAUCCAUCCACCAGUACCCAGGGAACCCCCCCUGUCCUCCACCCUGUCCCCCAGUUCAGAGGACUCGGGCCUGGAUGACUCGCUGUCAUACCGCAGCCCACUGGAGGAGUCAGAAAGUGCCGUGGAGAGAGAGAUCCGACUGACUCUGGAGAGAGAGGAGCGCCACCGCAGGGAGAGGGGGGUUAUUACACACGGCCUCACUAUACCCAGACCCUCCACCCUGCAGACAGGACGAUCUCCACCCAGACCCCCAGCCUGCCGCACCCCUACCUUGUCUAUCUCCCCAUCCCCUUCCUGCACCUCUUCCCUGCCCCGCUCUGUCUACCAUGAAAUGACAGCCAAUAAUGUCAUUAUCCUGGAGCCCGACUGCUCCAGCUCCGCCUCCAGGAACCGCUUACUCACCUCCACAAUCGGGGGCCUCUCCGAUUGGCCCACGAGCCAGGACGCGGUGACCUCCGCCAACGUCAUCGUUGUGGAAACCUCCAAUCUCAUCAUUCGCAGCGCUUCCGAAUUCUGCCUAAACUCCACCCCCGUGUCCGUGGAAACGCAGGAGAGCACUUUCUCGUCCAAUCCGUUCUUUAAGCUACGCUCCCUCAGCAGCCAAUCACUGGUGGAGCAAGAGAUCCGCAUGGUGAGGCAGAGGGAGGAGGAGUGGAAGAGGCAGAGGGAGGACAUGUGGAGGAGGAGGAGGGAGGAGGAGUGGAGGAGAGGGAGAGAGAGGUACGACACUGUGCUGGUGUCUCCAGGCCUGAACGAUAAUGUCAGUUUCAAUGUGCCAGAGGUUUCAGACAGAUGUGUCUCCUCCCCUUCAUCCCCAUCCAGGACCCGCAAAAUUGAACGAUCCAGUAUGUCUUGUGACCACAAGUUCCCCCCUUUCCUCUCUUCGGUGCCAAGACGACAGAACGCCAUGGCACAGCGAUGGGAGGCCUCCCUAUUAGCCAAUCAGAAGAAGGAGUGAGCAACGACAGCGCUCAGCUGUCAGUCAUUUAAAAGCCCAAAUGAAAUCUUCCUCCUUCUCUCCAGAAACUGUUUGUUAGUUUGUCAAAACUAUGGGUUUGAACCAACGGGUCACAACUGUGUUGCCCGUAGGAUGAUAACCCUGAAAAGAGGACUGUUUCUUUCAGUAAGCUUGGUUUCAAAGAUUAACGUUUGGGUUUCCAUAAUGCUUUAAUGUCUGGAGAAGUCCUGCUUUCAAAGUCAAACUGGUCUGUUGCAUGACGUCUGAAACAGUAUGACACAAUGGAACUUCCAGCUACGUCACAGUUUAGACAUUUCUCUUACAAUAACCUUUGUGGACUUGUAAGGUCGCUCCCAGGAGGCGUAUCACUAUAUGAUAAGUGAGUAUAAAAUUGCAAUCGUAAUAAUACUAUUUUUGCGACCCAGAUUUUAUGUAAACUUUGGAAGCACAUCUGCGGUAUUCUCCUUUAAUAUUUAGCCUACAGCACUUUGAGUUCUAGAUGUUUAUUAAUUAUGGUACCAGUACAACUGUUGAUAUUUAUUGUUUUUGUUUUUUUUAAUAUGACUGACUGUAAUGCAGUGAUUUUCAAACUUUUUUUUCUGAGCAGUCACAUUUUAAUUUCAGAUAUUAAUUUAGUCUCUAUAUUUAAAAAAAGACUAACAGCAUACAGCAUUUAUUUUAAAAUAUUGUAGCUAUGCAGAGGUUUGAGAAGGUACAUGCAAAAAAAUGAUUUAGCAUGUUGUGUUCUUUUCAAAUGACAGUUUUAGACGUGCCAACCCAGACUUUGAAAAUCACUGCCUUAGUGAAGUGUUAUAAUGAGCCAUUGAUCCAAAGAGUUUGGAUGUUCCAGGUUUCCAUGUCAGCCAUGUUGGCUAAACAGUGCAAGCUGCUAAAUGCACUGUAUUUUGGUCACAACAGUUGCACAGACUGGCUUUUGCCUCUUCUUUGGAGAGGUUGGUUGUAACCCAGAUAGAGAACGGGGUGCACUUUAGUGGGCUUCUUAUAAACAAAGUGGAAAGAGCAAAAAUGCACUCUCUUUUUUGAGGAUAUUGUAGUCUCAAAAGUUGCAAGCCAUGCUAGUCAUCUUUACUCCUUCUUCGGCAUGGUAUGCAUGGCGUACGGCACAGGACAUGGGACAUUUUUUGAUGAAAGCUGUUGAUGUUCUACACUAAACCAACAACGGUAGCCUACAAGUUCAACCUGAGCUCAUUUUUAAAACAAUGAAACCUUUAUCAGCUAGCUAUCUAAUGUAAUAUUAAAUUUGGUUAGCUUGGUUUACACAUUGGCUUCUGAAAAAAACAUCUGAAUACAGGCUCUGAUGUUGCAUCACAAAUAUAACAGUCACAACUGGUGACAGGAAAGCUACAACAUAGCGCUACAGGAAUGAGUUCUAAAACCUGGUUAGCAUUUUAGCACUUCUGAUUCCCUCUUCUGGAAGUCUAUGGCUUUUUUGAAUGAGUUUUUUAGUUAGAUGCCUGAAAUAAGGUCUGUGGUUAACACACAAAAAAGGCAGCUGCUAAUAAGUGGCUAAAUGAGACUAUAAAGGUUGUUGGGGACAUUAAACGUCAUCACGCCGACUAGUCCGCCUUUAGGGUACAGCCUUAUAGCCUAAACGUCAUCACAAUGAACACAGAGUGGUGAUGUGAAGUCAUGCGACCGUGGUUUAUAUAUUUAUAGCGUAUAUAAUGUUAGCUUUUUACUUCUGCCGAUUUUUUUCAUCAACAUCAUCAUCAUCUUGAACCGCUUAUCCGGGGUCGGGUCGCGGGCCGUUUUUUUUUCCUUUUUCCAUAUUGAAUAUGACUGAAUAAACUUUAACAAAAACAAACGAACAACCAAACAAAAAAUUUCAACAGUCUCAAAUCAUUCAGAAUUGUGAGUUUCCUAAAACUCCAUAUAGGGGCUCCACAAGCGAGAAUAGUUUUUGUCUUUUCUUUUUACAACAUAAGUAUAACAGUAAACAGUAAAUAUAACAUUAGAUGGAGUCUAGCCUUUUUAUUAUUCCAGAUGAAUUAGUUCAAUAAAUCAUCAAUGUAAGGAAAUUGUUAUUGCAUUAACACUUCAAAAAUCAUAAAGUGGUGUUUAUUUGUGGAGAUGAUCUUGCUGAACAAAACGUGUAAGUAUCAUAAACGUGUGUUUGCCACAGAGUUUAUUUUCUACAAUAAUCCAAAACCCAAUGGAACAAUCCACAUUGGCUUUUUGUCGAGGGAACCAGGGCGAUGCUAACUUCCUGGUUGGCCUACAAAAAUACGUCAUGUGCUGCUGCACUCAAUAACUGAGCUACCGGUAAAAAACUUCCAAUAUGGAUGCCUAGCACCUGACACACAUCGCUAUCUUACAACUAAUGUCUGUACAGAUGUUACAUUAGCUGUUUGGGGCAAAUAGAUGAACAGGCUGUAAAAACACUCCAAUUUAUGUGAAUAACUUGAGGUGAAUAUUGACAUUCAGUCUGAACACGCCUUUAAAAUGAGCUGUCAUUACCACAUACAGUAUUUACAGCCAAGAUGUUUUAUUUUUUAGAAGUGUUAGCAUGGUGCAUAGCUAUAUAGCCCAAACAUGCUUUUUUGUGUUGAUUGCUACAACCUGGCCAAACUCUGUCCGUCCGUCUGUGGCUCUGCUGCUUUAGCAAAAUAAACCUGAGCACUUCUGAAAUAAAUCAGCUGUUCUAAUCUAGUCUAGUGAAGAGUCUCGGUUCCUAAAAAGAGAUUUCUUGUAUUGUAUUUUUGCUGCAUAUAUUUAGGAAUUGAGCAACGCUUAUGAAUCCUUAAAGCUUUUAUUUGUAAAAAGGUUUAUAAUAUAUUGUGUCGGAAACUCAGAAUGACUGUUUUAAUUGGAAGUCUGCCAUAUUUUUUAGGAGAUGACUUUUGAGUUAGUGUAUGUGUGUGCAUGUGUGUGUUUUAUAGUAAUCCAUCCUCUAUACAUCAGCUAGUCGGAGCUUACUUUAGUUUGGCUUCUAUAGCUCUAGAACAAGCACUGGUUUCUCCAUUAAACUCAACUUGACUGGGCUGUUGAAUAAAAGGUGCAUUCAAGUCAACUCAGAAAUGGGAGAUUUUAACUGCCAGGAUGGAAAUAAUACCAGGUGAGUGAAAUGCUAGUCAGUUUUAGCAUCACUAUAUUUUAAAUGCUAUAAGCUUUGAUGUGUUUGCACUGCCGUGUUACAGUAUAAAAUAUAUUACAAAGGAUCAAACUUCCUCGGUAGCUAUAAACUAACUACAUUUGAGCUGUGAGUCACUGAGCAACCUGAAGCUGUGUCUAUACAUGUAUACAUGAUAUUUUCUGCAUUUUUUAGAGGCUAGGUUUGACAUUUCUUCAGAUCUAUCUUAGUACAAUACUACAUUUCAUACGAAAGAGUUGUUGGUUGCUGUUUUCUUCCUCUCCAUGCUGGCUGUAAACGGAAGUGCAACAGGCUAACACUGUAAGAGACGAGACACAAAAUAGUCCUCAUUCUGUGAAAAACAAUGCUUUCCAAAGUUUAGCGGAAGUUAAUGAGGCUUCAUCAGUCUGACUUCGCCAAAUCAAGAUGCAGAGUUCCGUUUCCCCUUUACCCAAACCCAAUCUUACAGUAUACUAGCUGAAUUUACAUGGGAGAUAUAAAAGCAGGUAAAUCCUUGUCUUUAUUGAUUUUGCUUCUUGCACACCAAAAAUAUAAUUUUGCACAAAUGACAAACCAACAGUUGAGUUGUGUUUCUUCCGAAAUACUCAGGAACGAGUGUUUGCCCAUUGAAAUCCAUGUCCUC